AUGAGGCAAUGGGUGCGUACGGUGGCCACGCACGACGCUGGCCGAAACCGGGAUCAUGCCGCCCUGCAAGCAACCGGACAGCAGCAGCCCAGCAAGCAACCGGCAACGCGACAGCGGCGACCUCACCGAGGCGCCACCUUGCUGCUGCUGGCCGCCGCCAUCACGAUCAACCUCACCUGCACCGGCGUUAGCAGUCAAGUUUGCGGCCCACCAGCAAUACCGGCGAAUGCGAGGGUACACACCGAGAAGGCGGAAGGGGCCAGCGGAGGCCUGAAGUCGGCCCGCUACGACUGCGACAGCGGCUACGAGCUGUUCGGCCCGGAGACGAUCCGCUGUGAUCCGGUGAAGGGCUGGGACCGGGAGCUUCCAUUCUGUGGUACGAAUGUGGCCUACCGUAAACCGGUGAACCAGUCAUCGGCGACGAGGUCCGGCCCGGCGGGGUUCGCCAACGAUGGCAAGCCCGGCAACCAGAACCCGGACGGGCAGGAGUGUUCCGAGACGCAGAAGGAGGUGUCACCCUGGUGGCGGGUGGAUCUGCUCACGCCGGAAGCGGUGCGUGUGGUGCGACUAACCACGCGCGGCUGCUGCGGCCAUCAGCCGCUCCAGGAUCUGGAGAUUCGUGUCGGUAAUAGCAGCACCGACCUACAGCGCAAUCCACUGUGCGCCUGGUACCCGGGCACGGUGGACGAGGGCACCACCAAGUCGUUCACCUGCGCCAGACCAUUGAUCGGUCAGUACGUGACAGUACAGCUCGUCGGCGUCGAGAGUAGCCUCAGCCUGUGCGAGGUGGAGGUAUUCUCCAACGACGAGUUCUCUUCCGACCGAUGCGCCUCGCCCAACCUCAGCGUCGACACGGUGCUGACGACGUUCGCGAAAACCUGCUACGAGUUCCACAUCACGCGCGGCGAGAGUUUCGAAAAGGCACGGGCGGUCUGCCAGUCGCACGGCGGCGAUCUGAUCCAUGACUUCCGUGGCAUCACCACGGACUACAUCAUAUCGGAGCUGGAGCGCCGCAAGACCGACCUCCGGACGCAGCUCGUGUGGAUCGGCGCCCAGAAGGAACCGGGCAUAACGUCACGCACCUGGAAGUGGGUUAACGGUGACACGGUGAUCAAACCAACCUGGGGCAAGGACCAGCCGAACAACUACAACGGCGAGCAGAACUGCGUCGUGCUGGACGGUGGCCGCAGCUGGCUGUGGAACGAUGUCGGCUGCAAUCUGGACUACCUCAACUACAUCUGCCAGCACAGUCCGCUCGCGUGCGGGUCGCCGGACGCGCUGGUCAACACCACGGUCGUCGGGCGCAACUACUCGGUCGGUGCGAGCAUCACGUACCGCUGCCCGGUCGGUCAUUCCCUGAUCGGAACGGAGGUGCGCACCUGCCAGCAGAAUGGCGUCUGGAGCGGUGGUCCACCGACUUGCAAAUAUGUUGACUGCGGUACACUGCCGGACAUUGAGCACGGCGGCAUCAUCCUGUCCGAGCAACGUACCAGUUUCGGGGUGCAGGCGUCCUACACCUGCCACGAGAACUACACGCUGAUAGGCAACGAGAAUCGUACGUGCGAGGCAUCCGGAUGGUCCGGGACGCAGCCAAAGUGCCUGGUCGACUGGUGCCCGGAACCGCCACCGAUCCAGGGUGGCGCGAUAAAGGUGUCGGGACGGCGUGCCGGUUCCACCGCGCUCUACACCUGCGACUACGGUUUCGUGCUGAUCGGCGAGCCGGUGCUGUCGUGCGGGCUCGGUGGCAACUGGACGGGCAAGAUACCGGUCUGCCGGUACGUGGACUGCGGCAUGCCGGCGCGCCCGGAUCGGGGCAACAUACUGCUGCUGAACGACUCCACCACCGUCGGCUCGGUGGUGCGGUACUUCUGCGACGACGACUACUGGCUCGUUGGACCGCAGGAGCUGUUCUGCACGAAGGAUGGCAAGUGGUCCGGCAAUGCACCAGCUUGUGAAUUGAUCACCUGCGAAACACCGCACGUUCCGCCCGGCUCGUACGUCAUAGGGUACGACUACAACAUCCACUCGUCGAUCCAGUACCACUGCGAUCCGGGUCACAUCCUGCGUGGCGAAGACACGCUCACCUGUCUCGAGUCCGGCCAGUGGAGUGGUGACGCGCCGGACUGCGUGUACGUCGACUGUGGGCCACUGACGCCGAUCCCCUUCGGCUCCCAUCGCUACCUGCAGAACACGACCUUCCUCGACUCGGAGGUGGUGUACUCGUGCGCCAACUCGCACCGGUUAUCGGGCGUCAGCCGGCGCAUCUGCCUCGACACAGGGCUCUGGAGCGAAACGGCACCGCGUUGCGAAGAGAUACGGUGCACCGAGCCGACGCUGACCCCGCACAGCUUCGUCAGCGUAACCGGCAACGAUCGGAUGUACGGACGCACGCUCAUUCGGACCUCCGACGCGACCGCCAGCGGUGCCCAGACGUUCAAGGUCGGUGCGCUGGCGAAGUAUCGGUGCGAGCGGGGCUACAAGAUCGUCGGCGAGGCGCUCAUCACCUGCGAGGAAAACGGCCAGUGGAGUGGCGAAAUACCGGAGUGUGUCUAUGUCAACUGCGAAACACCCGCCGGCAUUGCGAACGGCAAGGUUACGCUGGCAACGAACGCCACCUACUACGGAGCAGCCGCGAUGUACGAAUGCGACGGUAACUACAAGCUCGACGGCGUCUCGCGCCGCAUCUGCCUGGAGGACGGUACUUGGGGCCACGAGCAGCCCCAGUGCGUGGAGAUCACCUGCGACGAGCUGUCGUUCGCUGACGCCGCCCUGCUGGUCAACGCUGGCACGCGCAAGGUUGGCGUGCUGGCGGAGUUCAGCUGCAGCAAGGGUCGCUACAUGGUGGGCAACGGUACGCGCACCUGUCUGCCGAACGGUCAAUGGUCCGGCCGGAACCCCGUCUGCAAGUUGAUCGACUGUGGGCGACCGGCGGAUAUCGAAAACGGCCGGGUGAUCGUGGUAAACGAAUCGACCGUCUACGGUGGCUCCGCGGAGUACCACUGCGUACCGCACUACAACCGCAUUGGCCCGUACCUGCGCAAGUGUAUGGACGACGGCAAGUGGAGCGGCGAGGAGCCACGGUGCGAAUUGAUCGUGAACGAUGCACAGGAAACGAAUAGCCUCGGUACGGGCAUCGCCAUCGGAGCAGCGAUCAUCGUCAUCCUGCUCAUCCUGAUCGGAGUGCUGUUUCUGCACCGCAACAAGGCGCGGCCGGUGAAGAACACCGAAAACGUGCAGGCCGCCGAGCACAAGGAGGACCAGAACGCGGCCGUCAUGUCCUACUCGAGCCUGGAGAACGGUCGCCAUAACUUCGAUCUCACCAACCGCGGUGGCCUGGUCACGUUCAACACGUUUCAUCAGGCCGGCGGACCGCACCCGCCGCCACCCAGUCAGCUGACGCACGGCAGCAGCAACAACAACAACCACCUUAGCAGUAGCAUCAACAACAACAACAGCGUCAACAACAACAACGGCAGCCUGCGGGGCGGCGAAAACAUCUACGACCAAAUUCCGAGCGAACAGUUCUACGACGCGCCGUACGAGAUGCGCACGAACGAGGAGGUGUACGAGCCGGAACCGACCAGCCGCGGGAACAUCAUCACCAUCAACGGGGUGAGCGUCCGGUGA